CCAUCUGCUGCUGCUGCUGCGAAAGGCGCCUCGCCUCCCAAGGCCAAACGAGUCCGAACUGGUUGUCUGACGUGUAGAGAACGCCAUCUCAAAUGUGAUGAAGGUGUUCCUGUUUGUGCCAACUGCCUGAAAAGCAAUCGCGACUGCAAGCGCGGCGUCAAGCUCAAUUUCAUCGACAUCUGGACCGAGGCGCCCGCUGUGAACGCCCUCGUCGAGGGUACGCCAUUGGAGUUCCACGACGAAUCCCGCGCCGUGGCCAGUGAGUACAAAGGUGGGACUGAACGCUAUCGUCACUUCGCUCCGAGUACUACCGAGCCUUCACGGCAACCACAAUCCUCCCACGUAUCUCUUGCUGGCGACCUCGUUACGAGACCUUUUCGCCACUCGUCGGAUGGCGUCUCUCUACAGCAAAUGCACGGAGGCAAUCCUUGGUUACCUCACCACCCCCGCAACAAUUUCAAUCCUCACCACGUCACCCCUCCCACAUUACCUCUUGCGCAUAGAACGCCAUCGCCGCCUCCCGCAGGGGAGCCUCCUGUGCUCACUUCUGCCAAUGAGAUGCUGUACAUGCAAAUUUUCACAGAAGAAGUCGCUCUGUGGAUGGACGCCCUGGAUCCCUCCGGUAAAUACUUUACUCUCUUUAUACCGCGUAUGGCCCUUCGGGUGCCGAUGAUGCGCGAAGCGAUACUCGCCUGUGGCGCUGAACAUUUGGGAUUGGUGAAUCCCGCACACUACCCCGAGUCAAAUUCUCUAGAACACUACCACGUCGCGACGAGACUUCUUCUCGAGCACCUGGGUCGCGGUGCGGAAACGAAUCAAACCCGAGGAAAUCCAAGGGAGGAAAAGCAAAAGCAAAAGGAGGCAGCAAUAACUGCUGUGCUUCUCAAUGUCUACGAGCUGAUGAGAGCGAACGGGGCUCGGCAUCCUGGACACCAACGGACUAAUCACGUCGCAGGAGCUCGCGCCCUGAUAAAUUCGCUUGGAUGGAAUUACAAGACCCCGGACGUUGGUGGUGCAUGCUUUUGGCUUAACAUUGGAUUUGAAAUACUCAGCUGCCUCCAUUUUGGAUGGCGGAUGGAAUGGAAGACAGAUAGUUGGGGCCUUGAUAUGGAUUCCUCCGCCGAUACGCGCCCGCAUAGGGAAACCAUCUGGGCGAGGCGCAUGCUCUACGUCCUUGCCAAAUUGUGCGACUACCGUGCUGACUUCGCAGAAUUCGCCGACGCGGUCAGCAAGGAGCGAAAACCUUUGAAUCCUCGCUCGGAAUGCUUUCAAAUGUCUUUGCGCCUCGCUGAAGCCUGGACUAAGCUUUGGGACAUGAAUGAGCUGUGGUUCAAGAACCGCCCAGAUUACAUCCGGCAGACGGCCAUCGUCCGUCCACAACGAGCGCGCUCGAAGUUUCCGGAGGUGUGGUACAUCGGAAGCGUCGCAGUCGUGUCGACAUUAUUCCACUACACCGCGAAAUUGCUAUUGACGCAAUCACACCCCUCCGUGAUGGCCAAUGAGGGCUCAACCCUAGCCGAGCACGAACAAAUCACAAGGAGCUUGAAAGAGGACGAAAGGUACAGUGCAGGCAUGAUCUGCGCGAUCACAGCUCAUGUCAAGGACCGCGGCGUCGCAUCCAUCGCCAUCCAAGCCCUGCAUCAUGCCGCAAGAACCCUCACGGACCUCGAAGAACAAACCGAAGUAUUUGCUGUCUUCGAACGCAUCGCCCGCAACACGGGAUGGCGCAUCGAGUGGAUUUACGCUGAGCUACGGCAACGCUGGGGUUGGACCACGCCGUCCCAGCGGACCUCACCACUCGCUCUGAGGUUUGCGCCAUCGGCGCCGGCUGCGGCUGCGACCGCUGCAUCCGCUACUGCUGCACUUCCAUCGAGGACCCUGCUUCCGCCGCCGAUGGCGACUUCCUCAUCGUCCCCGUCCUCAUCCUUGCCGCCGUCGCUUUUCAGAUCAACAUGA